GUUGGUGUAAAUUAGCAAAGACGUUUCGUGGACAAUUGACCAUGUGGGUCCUAGGACUGCUGCUGUUGGUGGUGACAUGUGCUCAAGCUAUCAAGUUUACAAACGUCAACAGCUCAUCUGUCUUCCAAGUACCAGAGGACUCUGCCAUCGGAUACGUCAUCGUAGAGCUACAGACAGACUCAAACGAUACAACAUUGCAAUAUAUUUUAGAAAACGCUGGUGGCGGUCCGUUCAAGUUCCCAACAGGAUCCAACAAUCUGACUCUGACAGGACCUCUCAACUACGACUCGAUAAAUUCAUAUCAGCUCACUGUCAUACUCAAAACAGGAACUGGAUCUCUUUUAGAUUAUGUCUCAUUCUUCAUAAGCGUCGUGAAGGUGGUAGGGUCACACAACCGACCGAACAUCACCGUGUACACCGGUGACGUCACGAUUGACGAGGAACUACCUGCUGGCACCAGGAUACCGUUUAACUUUACGGUUGUUGACCCUCUGGGCAGCACAGUUGCUUACACCUUGUCUCCAGGACCAGAAGUUUCCACUGUGAGCAUCAACUCUAUAACAGGGCAAAUCACUCUCAACAGUAAAAUUAACUUAGACCCUAAUGUCGUAUCCAGGGCUUACUCCGUCGUUGUGUUCGCGGUCGCGAAUGGCACCAGAUCAUCGUCCAUGACGUUGUCUUUUACUGUCAGAGAUAUAAAUGACAACGAUCCUGUCUGUACACCUUUGGUCGCCUAUACAAACUUAACUGAGGAGUUAGCAGCCCCUACGGCAGUCUACACGUUAAACUGUUCUGAUGACGACAGUGCAUACAACGGCUACAACCGUCUCAGCUACACUCUUCUUGACGGAAAUUCUUCGGUCUUUAGUGUGGACAACUCAACUGGUCAGAUCACCGCCAUAGCUGCUGUGGACUAUGAGCAAAUCUCGACAAAAACAUUAUCGCUAACAGUUAAAAUACAAGAUGGCGGAAACAGAACAACCACGGCUACCGUCUUUGUUGCGAUUGACCCCAUCAACGACAACUUCCCUGUGUUUAGCACCUGGUCCCCACCUGUACCAGCUGAUGGAGUUUACUCAGUGCCAGAGAACACCUCGAUUGGAACCAGUCUGUUCACAGCUCGUGCCACAGACGCUGAUCUAGUUGUGGGCAACACCGUCAAAUAUGGCAUCACAGUCACACAAGGUGGUGUGGCGGCCAAUGAUGUCUUCUUCAUACAUUCUGACACCGGGCAGGUCACUCUCAUUAAAACAAUCGACGCAGACACGAGUUGUCCUACAACACUAUACAACAUUACUGUACAGGCUAGUGAUGGCAUGACCAACGUGCCUAGGAAUGUCUCUGUGGUCAUCACAGAUGUCAACGACAAUGCUCCCACGUUUCAAAACACCCCAUUCAAUGUGACCAUUAAUGAAAGCUACGCUACUCCAGGAUAUGUUGUCAUUACGCUUUCUGCAACUGACAAAGACUGUACUCAAUUAAAUUUUCUUUACUCAGUUAGCAAGAUAAUAUAUGGAAAUACUACUGCUGGCCAGUGGCAGUUCAACUCUUCAGUGCCUGGACAACUGGAGUUAAAAAGUUUGAUUGACUUAGACACACCAGGAGCUACAGAUUACAUGCUAAUUAUGCUGACUGUACAAGAUCAAGGAUCACCCCCUCUCUCUAGCAGCGCCAUCUUGACAGUACACAUUUUACCUGACAAUGAAUUUCCACCCAAUAUCACCUUUACACCUGGACCAAUCAAUAUCUCUGAAAACAUAGUGGUAGGGCAAUUGAUUGGUAGUCUGACAGUCGAGGACAGAGAUUACGGACCGGAGGGAAAACUAAAAUACAAUAUAACAAGUGGAAACACAAACAAUGUUUUCAUGGUAGACAAUGUAGGGAACAUAAAAACAGUGUCCAAGCUGAAUGCUGCCCAACAUCCCAGCUACCAGCUGGUUAUCCAGAUCUCUGACUCAGGAGUUGAUCCAAGAACUGCCACUGCUACUGUUGUUGUCAAUGUGACUGCUGUUGAUGAACACAUUCCUGAGUGUGUUGAUCCAUACAUAAUAAUAGAUCUGCUAGAGACUUCUGCAAUCAAUUCCUCAGUGGCCAACUUAAGUUGCCAUGACCAAGAUGGAGACAUCCUGAUCUACACUGUAAAAAGAUUUAACGAAACUUUUGGUUUUAUAAAUGGCACAGCUGAUUUGAUUUUACUAAGUGGUGUAGACUAUGACUCCAGUCAACAGAAUUAUGUUGUUGAAAUUGAAGUCAGUGAUGGAAUCUUUGGAAUCACUGUUUUAGUCGUGGUCAAUCUCCUGCCAGUGAAUGAAUUUCCACCUGUAUUUAACCCCUCCAUUGUUUCUAUCAAUGUGACUGAGAACAAGAUAGUCGCAAACCCAGUUUUAGUAUUCAGUGCUACUGAUAUGGACUAUAGUCCACACAAUAUUUCAAACUACACAAUAUAUUCAGUUUCAAAUAAUGGGAGACAACUUUUUGAAAUUGACCAUCGCACUGGGGCUCUAAGUGUAUUGUCCAAACUGGACUAUGAACUUCUUCCUUCUAAUGACACAUCAUACACAGUAGUGGUCAUUGCUAUGGAUGGUGGAGGAUUAAAUGCUACUGGUACAGUUACAGUUAAUGUUCUUGAUGUCAAUGACAAUGCACCAGCUUGUUUGAGAUCAGUUUACACGAAAAAUGUCAAUGAAAAGCAGAAUGGCAGUGGCCCCUAUAAUUUAUUAACUCUGGGAUGUUUUGAUGCUGAAGAUAAAAACAAAUUGAACUACACAUUGGACCAAACACCUGGCAACCAUUUCUCUAUUGUCAAUGAUACUGUUGAGCUUGUGAAUGACUCUCUAGACUAUGAGACAGCCACUGGACACAAGCUGACCAUUGUGGUCUCAGACUUUGGCAACCCUGUCCAGUCUACAACUGUUUUUGUGUUUGUCACCGUGGUCAACAUGAAUGAUGGCCCACCAGUGUUUCCUGUCUACCCUGAUCAGUUGGUUAAUGAAACAGAGACUGUUGGUCACCUUAUAUUAGUUGUAAAUGCAUCUGAUCCUGAUGGCAAAGAUCCUGUGUUUGGUGACCCACAAUACACCAUCAUCAAUGGAGAUAGUAAUCAGCAGUUUACAAUUGGGGCAACAAAUGGUGACAUUUCUCUACGUAAACCUUUGGAUUACGAGCAAACAAAAAACUACACACUUACUAUUCAAGCCAAAGAGAGAGGUGGAGAGUUAAGUGCGACAGUGUCGAUAAAUAUUCUUGUCCUGGAUGUCAAUGAUGAGGUUCCUGUCUGCAAUCCAAGCUUUGUUCUAGUCAAUCGUCCUGAGACUCUCCCCAUCAACUCUGUCAUUGCUAGUGUGUCAUGCACAGACAGGGAUGAUAACUCUGUGCUGACCUACAACCUGACCAAGGGGAAUAAUACACUUUUUCAGAUAAAUGGAUCUACAGUAAUCCUGGGAUCAGCGUUGGAUUAUGAAACAAAGACAUUCCAUGAUUUGGCUCUGUCAGUUUCAGAUGGUGUCCACACCAUCAACGUUGAUGUUGUGGUCAAUGUGGAGGAUGUGGACGAUGGCCCUCCUGUUUUUGAGCAAGAUCUAUAUCAUCUGAAUGUUAGUGAAGCAACACCAAUUUCAACUGUUCUGGUGACAGUCAAAGCUAAUGAUCCUGACACCCCUACAAGUAGAAAUGGUAUGGUCAGAUAUUCAUUUGUAUCCAGCGAUCCAAGAUUCCGCAUUGAUCCCAAAAGUGGCAAUAUAUCUUUGGCUGAGAUGUUAGACAGAGAAACAGUGGCUACAUACACACUGAUUGUGAGAGCAGCUGAUGCCUUGAAUUCUACCAAUUCAACUGUGUUUAUUUCUGUAACUGAUGUCAAUGACAACACACCAGCAUUUACUUCAGACAUUUACAAAGGUACCUUAAAGGAAACAGAUGGACCUGGCACUUAUGUACUGACUGUCACAGCCACUGAUAGGGACGACCCAAAUUUUAAUGAUUAUGGGGUUGUUUCAUAUGCUAUAGUUGGAGGCAGCCCAUACUUUGCCAUCAACUCAACAACUGGUACCAUAACAAACUCUAAGACCCUGUCAGUUGACACUAGCAAAAAAUCUGAUUACACUCUGGUUGUAUCAGCCUCAGAUGCAGGAGGCAGAACAGACUCCCUGAACUCAACAGCUGUAGUCACAAUUGUUGUGACAACAGUCAAUGAUUACGCACCACAGUUUUUACCCGGGCCUUACAGCAUUGUGAUCAAUGAAACCCAGUUUAAAUUUGGGGAUGCUAUUCUGAUGCUAACAGCCUAUGACAAUGACACAAGUAAAGAUGGAGAAUUCACAUUUGCCUUCCAAAGCCCCCAGACUAAAUUUUCAAUUACACAAAAUGGAUCAGUCUGUGAAAUUCGCCUGAACGAUAAUUUGGACUUUGAAAACAAUGACACACGAUAUGAACUGGUUGUCAUAGUCACAGAUAAAGGUGUCCCGCCUAAAUCAGGGUCAGGAACUGUAACAAUAAUUGUGAAUGAUGUCAAUGACAACCCGCCUGUCUGUGGCAGUGUCAUCAAUGUAGAGCGGAAAGAAGGUGCCACUCAGAUAGCCACACUGACAUGUUCGGACAAAGAUCAGAAUACAAAGCUGAAUUAUUCUCUCAUAAGUGUUGAGCCAAACAAGAUUACACUAGUUAUCUCCCCUGCUGGAGAAGUCAAUGUAUCAACACCCUUAGAUUAUGAAGUAGCUCCCUUCUACCAUAUUCUGAUUAAAGUGGAGGAUACUUCACAGCCAUUUUUCAACACAACAGUCAGUAUCAACCUGAAGUUGAUAGAUGUCAAUGACAAUGACCCAACCAUCUCAGGGCCUCUUGUGUUUGCUGUGAAUGAGACUGACACUAUCAGCAACCGUGUUUUGUAUCACGUCAACGCUUCAUCCAACGAUGGACCAACAGAUGUCCUCAGAUACUUUUUGCUUGACAAAACUUACUUUGAUAUAACGGAGGCCACUGGUGAGAUCACAUUGAAAAACAAUGCACCAGAUUAUGAAAUGGUUGGAGGCAUGUAUUUGUUGCCAGUUUGUGUAGAGGACUCACCAAAUCCAGUCAGGCGCAAAGAUUGCAAAAAUAUUACUGUCACUAUAAUAGAUGUCAAUGAUAUGAGUCCUAUUUUCAAUCCAUCUGUGUAUGCUGCAGCCGUGCGUGAAAAUAUUUCCCAGAUCACAUUGUCGCCACCUGUGAGAGCCACUGAUGGAGAUGCUACACCUGCUUUUGCCAACAUCACCUACUCCAUUGUAGCUGGAGAUCCAUUAGGAAACUUCAGAAUUAGUCAAGAUGGAAACAUCACAGUGAUUUCCCCUUUGGACUAUGAGAAAAUAACAAUGUAUGAUCUUAUCAUACAAGCAUCUGACUCACUCAACACUGCAAACGCAAGCUACAACAUCAUAGUGCUACCUGUGAAUGAAUUUGAUCCAAUAUUCAACUCAACUAAUCAAACAUUGAGCAUAAAAGAAAACACACCAGUAAAUUCCAAUGUUACCCUACAAGUGUUUGCAACAGAUGAUGAUAAAGGGCCAGACGGAGAUAUCUACUAUUCCAUUUCAUCUGUUGAUAAUAAAGCAGUUCCUUUUAUAAUUGAUCCAAAAUCUGGGGAAAUCCGAGCCAUUGCAAACAUCGACAGAGAAGUUGACCAGUCCUUUUUUCUGUUGGUCAAAGCAACUGAUGGCGGCAACCCAGCAAGAACAGGGACGCUGAGCUUAACAGUGUCUGUUACUGACGUGAAUGACAACGCUCCACACUGCAGCUCUAACUUCUACCCAGCAUUUAUUUCGGAGGCUGCUGGCGCCAACACAUUGGUCGCCACUUUACGCUGUCAGGAUGAUGAUAAUGACCCAUAUAAACUCAACAACAAUUUAACAUACUCAUUUGUAUCAGGGGAGACUGAUGCAUUUUUCAUUGAUGAUGCUGCAACCUUGAGGGUGAAACCCAACAUUGUGUUAGACCGUGAGACGGACGCCAGCUAUAAAUUGAUAAUCAAGGUGGCUGACAGUUCACCAGUACAAAAACUGAGUGUUACUGUAACAGUUUUUGUUACCAUACAGGAUGUGAAUGACAAUGCCCCCAUGUUUUCUACUGUCAUUGCACCUACAAUUGCUGAAGACACAAACGUUGGAGCAGAAGUGGCCACAGUGUCUGCUGUAGACAGGGAUGCUGGAGAUAAUGCUGCCGUGCUGUACAGUAUAACCAGUGGCAACACAGAUGAUACCUUCACAAUUGAUGUCCUAAAAGGCACAGUCAUAUUACAGAAAGCCUUGGACUAUGAAACUACAAAAAAAUAUGUGCUUCUCAUUACUGCACAGGACAAAGGGACCCCUGCCCUGUCUACAACUGUCAACAUGACAGUUGAGGUCAAGGAUGUGAAUGACUCACCACCUGUCUGUGCUACGAGUGUGUACACCUCAACUCAGGUAGAGAACACGCAUGAUGUCACCAUAGCAACGGUCAACUGUACAGAUGCAGAUACAGUUGGCGUCGUCAGCUAUAGUAUAACAGAUGGCAAUGACAACAAUUCAUUUAACAUCAACUCAAGCUCUGGCAUUGUCAAGGUCAAUGUCAACGCCACCUUGGACUAUGAGAAAACACAGUUUUACACUCUUGAAAUAACUGCAUCAGAUGGGGUUCAUACUGCUAAGACUUAUGUUAAGGUUGCAGUUAAAGACGAGGAUGAGUUUCCUCCACAGUUCACUCCCCCUGGGCCCUUCAAUGUGUCAGUUAAAGAAAACCUGACACUUGAUAGUCUGCUCAUUAAGUUUAAUGCCACUGAUGGUGAUAUUUUUGACAACAUUAAAAUAUUCACUAUCCAAUCUGGCAAUGAAGACAGGAUCUUUUUCAUCGAUAAAAUAACUGGCAGCCUGCGGCUCCAAAAUCCUCUGGACUAUGAAACAAGAACAAACUUUACCCUGCACAUCCAAGUGACUGACUCAGGGAACCUCAGCAGUGUUGCUGUGAUUGACAUAGUGGUGGAGGAUGUGGAUGACAACAUCCCAGUCUGUCUAGACACAGUUGUUGUGGUCAGUGUGGAUGAGAAUGUGACCACUGCCAUCCCCUUCACACCAGAGUGCAGUGAUAAAGACACUGUCAUUCCUUCUGAUGGCAGAUACACAUUACAGUCAGGAGCUUUUCCAGAACUUCUAUUUAACUCUACUACAGGUCAGUUAGCUUUGAAAGCCCCACUGGACUAUGAAAAUAUGACCUAUCAUGAAGUGACCAUUAAAGCUUAUGGCGGAGGGACACCAGACCUGGGGGUGAUCCUUAUGGUCAGGAUCAACGUCAGACCAGUGAAUGAGUUUACACCUGUCUUUGUGAAUACUGGACCUUUUGCUGUUCCUGAAAAUGCUACCAUUGGCACAUUAGUUGGCCAGAUAAAUGCUACUGAUCAAGACAAAGGUUUGCUACAAGGUACUGUCAGGUACUAUAUUGUGGGCGGUGACCCGGACGAGCAGUUUGAUAUCAAUGAGAUGACAGGGGAGAUAAAAACUACAAGCCCACUAGAUCAUGAGGUCACAGCUAAUUACACACUAAUUGUAGAGGCAGUUGAUGACCUACCUACAUCAGCCAAUCAAAGAAGAGUGAAUGCAACAGUCAACAUUACCAUUGAAGAUGUCAAUGACAAUCCUCCAGUGUUUAACUCCUCUAUUUACAGAGGGACUUUACUGGAGAAUGACGCAGCCAAUACUCUGAUUGUUACCGUCACGGCUACUGACAGAGAUGACCCCAACACUAAUGAUAAUGGCAGGGUCAAAUAUAGAAUAGUACCAGGAAGUAACAGCUCUAAGUUUUCCAUCAAUGAAACAACUGGAGAGAUCAGAAACACAGAGGUCCUUGAUGCUGACUUGACUGGGGUUACACUCUAUAAGCUCACAGUAACUGCCACAGACCACAAUGGUCAGUCAGGUGCCCUGACAGCAACAACUUUAGUGGCUGUAGAUGUGAAGACGGUCAACGAGUUUCCCCCUGUCUUCAACUUGAGCCUUUACUCUGUGACAGUCAAUGAGACACAGCUGAAGAAUGGGGACACAAUCCUUCUUAUAUCUGCCAUGGACAAUGACACAGGUCCAGACGGGGACUUUGUGUUUAGCUUUGUUGUGUCACAGCCCAAGUUUUCGCUGGUCCAGAGGGGUCGCCAGGCGGAGAUUCUGCUUGAUGGAGUGUUUGAUUAUGACCAGAAUGACACAUUAUUUGAGUUUCAAGUUCAAGCCAUUGACAAAGGUGUCCCAGCCAGAAGUGGCGCAGCCAAAAUCUCCAUCAGAGUGACAGAUGUCAAUGACAACCCACCCAUGUGUGUCAGUGUCAUCAACAUUGACAGGCCAGAGAACACAGACAAGAUUACAAACAUCACCUGCACUGAUGUAGACACCAAUACACAGCUGGCAUACAAUGUGACCAGUGUGACGCCAGCCAACAUACAGCCAGUUGUCUCCCCUCUAGGGGAGGUCAGUGUUUUGACAGCCUUAGACUUCGAAAAGGGGACUGCAUACACCAUUGUUAUUUUGGUGAUUGACAAGUCAUCAGGAAACCCUGUACAAAGUGCCAGCGUCACCAUUAAUUUGAGAGUCACUGACAUCAAUGAAAGCCCUCCUUCCUUCAGUGGGCCCUUCAGUUUUACAGUGCAUGAAAAUGACAGUGCCAGCAACGUAGUGCUGUACAGGUGCAAUGCCUCAGGCAAUGAUGGACCCUCUGAUGUUGUCACGUUCUCUUUAACAGAUACAACAUACUUUGCUGUUGCACCAAAAUCAGGGGAGGUAACUCUCAAGACAAAAGCCCCAGAUUUUGAAACCGUUGGUCCAGUUUACAAGCUUGAGGUCUGUGCAAGAGACACAGCAAACCCUGUUGCCUUCACAACAUGCCAGAACAUUACAGUUAAUGUUAUUGAUGUUAACGAUAUGAGCCCGAUAUUUCGCCCUGAGGUGUACACAGUGUCAGUGCCAGAGGAUGCUGUGGUGGGCACUAGACUAAAACUGGCAGUAACAGCAACAGAUGGGGACACCACACCAGCUUACCACACGGUCACAUACCAGAUCCUUGCUGGCAACAUGGACGGCAAGUGGAGAAUCAACAGCAGCAGUGGUGAGAUUGAAGUAGCUGGAGGUCUGGACUAUGAGAAUGUGACAAGUUACUCACUGGUGAUCCAAGCAACUGACAACACCUACACUACCAACGCAAGCUACACCAUACAGAUACAAUCUGUCAAUGAGUACCCACCAGAAUUUUCAGCUGCUGCUGAGAGUGUCACAAUUUCAGAGGAUACUCUGACUAACUAUACCUUCAAACUUAAGGCCACUGUGACAGAUGGAGAUGCUGGUCCAGAUGGCAUGUUUACAUUCAGCAUAGACUCAGGUCCAUUAGCCAUCGACCCAGUUACUGGACAGCUGAGUUUGGUUACUUCCCUUGACAGGGAGACAACCCAAACAAUCACUUUAAGGGUCAUGGCAACAGAUAAAGGCAAACCUCCUAAAUCAGGGGUUCUCAGUUUAACAGUCAAUGUGGGAGACGUGAAUGACAAUGCACCAGCUUGUGCUAAAGGUUUUUCCACAACCAGUUUUCCAGAAAACUACCAGGCAAUCAACAGUAUCAUCGCUGUCUUGGACUGCAAGGAUGCAGACAAGGAUCCAGAGAUGAGGAACAAUGCCAUCAGUUAUACACUUGCUUCAAACAUUUCUGGAAAAUUUGAAGUGAACCCAACAACAGGCGUGGUCAAGGUUAAAGACGGAGAAGUGUUUGACAGAGAGGCUCAAAGCUUGUAUAAAAUUGUGAUACUGGUGGCGGAUAAUGGUACCAGCAUAAGACUCAGCACAACGGUCACAAUAGAUGUUGCCAUUGCUGACUCUAAUGAUAAUCCUCCAUACUUUACCUAUGUCCCACUUGUAACUGUGUUGGAGAAUGUGACAGCAGGAACAGUCUUAGAGCACAUCAUCGCUAAAGAUAAUGACACUGGUUUAAAUGCUCAACUGACCUACUCUAUAACAAGUGGCAACAUAGGAAAUGUGUUUAGGAUUGACAUGGUGGAUGGGACUCUACUUCUCCAAGGCAGCUUGGAUUAUGAAACUAUCCCUCUAUAUCAGUUAGGGAUUUCAGUAACUGACAAGGGGUCACCCAAGUUGUCAGCUACUGCCACAGUGACAGUGUCAGUUCAAGACGUCAAUGACUGCCCUCCUGUUUGUAACUCAACACUCUAUGUGGACGAGAUACCAGAGAACUCAAAGGGCAUAACUCUAGCUGUCAUUUCUUGUAGGGACCCUGAUACUGUGGGUACUCUCACGUACAGCAUUACAGAUGGCAACCAGAAUAACACUUUCAAUAUUAACUCUACCACUGGAGAGGUCAUCUUGCCUGCCAAUGCUAACCUUGAUUAUGAAGAGGUUCAGUCCUACACAUUAGAAGUGACAGUCUCUGAUCAAUCACAUUCACUAAAGAUAUACCUCAAGGUGGAGGUCACAGAUGUUAACGAGGCGAGUCCAGUUUUCACCCCGAGUGGACCCUACACAAAAUCUGUGCCAGAGAGCAUCAAAGUUGGCAGCGUGGUGUUUGACGUGAAUGCCACGGACGCUGACAAAUUUGAUCUGGUCAAAAUCUUCAGCAUCAUCGCUGGAAAUGCUGAGGGCAAGUUCUCAAUGGACCCUGGGUCAGGGAUAAUCAGGACACUGGCACCUCUGGACUAUGAACAAAAAACUUUCUAUACUCUGACUCUGCUUGUACAAGACUCCACUGGGCUCAGCAGCAACACAACCCUGAAUGUCACUGUCACUGACGUCAAUGACAACCCUCCUGUCUGCACUGAUCUGGCAGCUGUUGUCAGUGUGGAUGAGAAUGUCAACAGUAGGGUCCUCUUCACUCCCAACUGUACUGAUGCUGAUAAAUCAGCUUCCCCUGUACUUCAGUAUUCCAUUCUGUCAGGGAACAAUGUGGCUUUAGCUUUCAGCAACACUUCAGGCCAACUGUCCCUACAAAGUGCAUUUGACUAUGAGAAAACAACAGCUGUGACCGUUGUGAUGAAGGUCUCAGACAAUGGGUCCCCAGAGCUCUUUGUCUUGAUAAAUGUGACCAUCAACAUCAACCCUGUCAAUGAGUACAGCCCACAGUUUGUACCAGGAACAGCCAUUGGACCUUUCUCAGUUCCAGAAAAUGUAACACUAGGCUAUUUGGUGACAAAGUUAAAUGCUACUGAUGAUGACAAAGGUCUGCUACAGGGGACAGUGCGCUACCAGAUCAUCAGCGGUGACCCCCAGCAAUUCUUCAACAUCGACCAAAACUCUGGCGCCAUCAAGGUGAUCAGGGCUCUGGACAGGGAGACUACCCCAAGCUACAAUCUUACAGUCAAGGCCAGCGAUGACGAGCCAGGGUCUCCCAACCAAAGAACUGCCACAGCAACAGUGUCCAUUAAAGUGUCUGACAUCAACGACAUGACCCCAGUGUUUACCCCCGCCCUGUACUUCCAGACAGUGUCUGAGAAUGCCGUUGCUGGACCUAAUGUGAACAUUGUAGACCUGACUGUCCAGGAUGAGGAUGAGCCAGGUGUCAACAGUCAGAUGACCAUUACAAUUACUGCAGGCAAUGGGGAGAAUAAGUUUUCUAUCAAUGGCACUCAUCUGGUACUUCAGAAUGGCCUGGACUAUGAGAAAACAAAGAGAUAUGAGUUGACCUUGACAGUGACAGAUGGUGGCUCCCCUCAGCUUAGCUCUAGUGGUCUGGUGGUCAUUGAUGUCACACCCUUCAACGAGGCAGCACCUCUGAUGAACAUCUCAUCACUGACCAAAGAGAUUCCAGAAGACACACCUGUAGGGACUCUGGUUUUUGAUGCUGAUGCCUCAGACCUGGAUGGUGGGAUGCAAGGCCAGAUAGUCUACAGCAUAGAGAGUGGUGUCAGCAACAACGACUUUGUCCUUGACCCCACAACUGGCAGGCUGUAUGUCGGCUCAUCUCUGGACUUCGACCAAGGACCUAAAAGCUACUCCAUCAUCAUCAGAGCAACAGAUGGCGCUGGGAGUUCCAGCAAAACCUCCACAGCUUCCCUCAGCGUCAUCCUGAGCGACGUCAAUGACAUCAGUCCUCAGUUCUCCCAGAGCACAUACUUGUUUAAUGUGAACGAGAACAUGGUCAAUGGCACGACAGUCGGGACCCUCACUGUCACUGAUGGUGAUUCAGACCUCAAUGGUAAAAUUUCUCUUGUGAUUACUGGAGGAAGUGGCCAGAACAUGUUCAGGGUUAAUGGUACAACUUUGGAGAUUGUGACCAAUGCAGUCUUUGAUUAUGAAAAAGAUAAGAUCCUGUCCUUAUCUGUACUUGCUAGAGAUGGUGGCACGCCUUCACGUAAUACAACUUGUUUUGUUCAAGUUGGCAUCAACAACAUGAACGACAACCAGCCUGUCAUUGUCCCCAUGGACUUCACCACUCAGGUCUCCGAGGGCCUGGCUGUAGGGGCUGUGGUCCAAACUUUUUCAGCCACAGACCUGGACAAUGGUGUUGACACUUACAGCAUUGUGGGAACCAGUAGCUUUUUUGAUAUCAACCUCAGCACUGGUGAAGUAACUUUAAAAUCUGCACUAGAUCGGGAGAAAAUACAAAACCACACCCUGCAAGUUCAAGUGGUUGACAAGCCAACCUCAGUAGACACCAGCCUCCACACUGCCACAGCAACCCUCACAGUUCUAGUGGGAGAUGUCAAUGACAACCCCCCAGUGAUUGCAACCAUCCCCCCUACAACAAUCCCAGAUACUCUGUCCGUCAACCGACUGGUGCUGAGAGUACAGGCGUCAGAUCUUGAUGAGGGGGUCAACGGCCUGAUCACUUACUCCAUCAACGCGGCCGGAAAUGUUGGAGGCGCUUUUAAAAUAGACUCGGCUGGAAACUUGUUGGUUGCUAAUGCCCUGAAUGCCAACCAGGUAAACCACUACACACUAACCAUCCAGGCCAUAGAUAAUGGGGUGCCCCAGCUGGUUGCCACGGCAACAGCAGAGAUCACAGUCAUCAGCCUGAACAGGCCGCCCGUUUUUGACUCAAGCAGUUACCUGUUCACUGUGAGCGAGAACAGCCCUGUUGGAACAGCCGUGGGCCUGGUCAACGCUCAGGACAUUGACCUGGGGGCAGAGGGUCAUGUGACCUACAGUUUUGUGACCUUCACUCUUGGAAACUUUGCUCAUUUCAAAAUCAACUCCACCACAGGGGAAAUAACUGUGGCUUAUUCAAAUAUUGACAGGGAAACAGACGCCCUGUAUAAAGGCAUAGUUCAGGCCAUGGAUGGUGGAAGCCCUGGACUGACAGCUACAACAGAAAUCUCCAUUAGCAUCACAGACGUGGAUGACAACGGUCCAGUCUUCAGCCCCAGUGUGUACAGGAUGGAGGUCAAGGAGAACCUACCCCUGGGCACCAGCGUCCUGCAGCUCAACAAGACAGAUGCUGACACCUCAGCUAACGCUGGCGCCAUCUACAGCAUCAUCACCACAUUAUCUGAUGGCUCUGUUGCUGCCCAAUAUUUUCAGGUGGAUCAGACAGGUGUGGUCAGCACCAGCGUCAACAAACUGGAUUACGAGCAGGUCAAGAGCCUAAACUUCCUCAUCCGAGCCACUGGGCCCAACACUCUGACUUCUUCGACUGCCUCUGUCUACAUCACUGUCACUGAUGAGAAUGACAACGCUCCAAAGUUCAAGUCAGAGUUUGUGAAUGGUGAAGUGGCCUACAACAAAGAGUGCUCCACUAAAAUAACAACAGUCACAGCCACUGAUGCAGACACAGGGGAGAACGCUAGAGUUACCUACACUUUAGACAAUUCAAAUGGAGCUCUAUUUUCAAUCAAUUCAUUAACUGGGGAGCUAACCUUGGAUGGCACAGCCCUAGCCAACAAGAAAUACACUGUCCUUGUGAAGGCUAAUGACAACGGUGUCCCACAGCUGACCUCCACAACAACAGUUAGGAUUGACACUUUCAUUCCUAAAGAAGUUGCCAUUUCUUUUGCACUUUCUAUAAGCAGAGCCAGUUUUGUGGCUCAGCAGGAUACCUUCAUCAAAAACAUGCAGGACGCCCUCCGCAAGAAAUACCCUCAGGCUGUGCUCAGACUCUGGUGUGUUCAGGAGCGUGACGGAGCCAUUGCCAGACGCAAACGCCAGACCACCAGCAAACCUGUCACAGUGUCAGUCUAUUCCCUGAAAGAUGGCACCACAGAAUCAGCAGACCAAAUCACUCAGGAUAAAAUGUAUCUCUCACAAUCGGAGCUCCUGAGUGCUGUGUCUACUAAUGGUGUACCCAACAGUGAUAUUGCAGGAUCAACAUUUGCAUACUUCAAAAUAAAUGAGGUGCAGAAGUACAGUGAGACUUCUUCCUCCAGCUAUGACUGGUGGGAUACAAUAUAUGGACCAAUCAUCACAGCCAUCUUGAUAGCACUGGGGCUCAUUUUGAUCGCCAUUGUCAUUGUGUGCUGCUGGCGCUACCAUCACAAGAAAAAGUCAUCUGAGGACAGUUCCCUACAAUCUUCCAGUCAUGAAGCUUCCAACAUUCCAAACCAUCAUCCAGCUCAGAGACAUUUCAGAGGCUACAGAGAUGUUGAAUUUUAUCCCACCUAUCCCAUGCCGUACCCAGUUAGAAUGGUGAAUGAAGAGUCCGAGUAUUUUGCUUCACCUCGACUGGCUUACAAGCAAUACAGAGUGUAAAUAAAUUGUUGUCACUAGAACCCAAUACUACCACGAUACAAUUCUCUCCGAUGUUUUGAUAAUCAUUUGAUUUUUAAGCUUAUUUAUUUAUUGACCACAUUAAAGCAUAGCAACAAUAUUUGAUGGCAGCUUGCGUAAAUAGUCACAAGCUUUGGGGGGUGGGGUGGUGCAGAAGCUUGAUCAAAGUUGUAACAUUACAGAGACAUGCCUUUGAGUGUCACUUGUAAAAAUGUGUGCCUCGUAUACAAACUGUUAGUAUCUGGUAUACAAACUGUUAGUAUCUGCUACACAAACUGUUAGUAUCUGGUAUACAAACUGUUAGUAUCUGGUACACAAACUGUUAGUAUCUGGUACACAAACUGUUAGUAUCUGGUAUACAAACUGUUAGUAUCUGGUACACAAACUGUUAGUAUCAGGUACACAAACUGUUAGUAUCUGGUACACAAACUGCUAGUAUCUGGUACACAAACUGUUAGUAUCUGGUAUACAAACUGUUAGUAUCUGGUGUACAAACUGUUAGUAUCUGGUACACAAACUGUUAGUAUCUGGUACACAAACUGUUAGUAUCUGGUACACAAACUGUUAGUAUCUGGUACACAAACUGUUAGUAUCUGGUACACAAACUGUUAGUAUCUGGUACACAAACUGUUAGUAUCUGGUAUACAAACUGUUAGUAUCUGGUGUAGAAACUGUUAGUAUCUGGUAUACAAACUGUUAGUAUCUGGUACACAAACUGUUAGUAUCAGGUACACUAACUGUUAGUAUCUGGUACACUAACUGUUAGUAUCUGGUACACAAACUGUUAGUAUCUGGUACACAAACUGUUAGUAUCUGGUAUACAAACUGUUAGUAUCUGGUGUAGAAACUGUUAGUAUCUGGUAUACAAACUGUUAGUAUCUGGUACACAAACUGUUAGUAUCAGGUACACUAACUGUUAGUAUCUGGUACACUAACUGUUAGUAUCUGGUACACAAACUGUUAGUAUCUGGUAUACAAACUGUUAGUAUCUGGUACACAAACUGUUAGUAUCUGGUACACAAACUGUUAGUAUCUGGUACACAAACUGUUAGUAUCUGGUACACAAACUGUUAGUAUCUGGUACACUAACUGUUAGUAUCUGGUGCACAAACUGUUAGUAUCUGGUACACAAACUGUUAGUAUCUGGUACACAAACUGUUAGUAUCUGGUACACAAACUGUUAGUAUCUGGUACACAAACUGUUAGUAUCUGAUACCUAACUGUUAGUAUCUGGUACACAAACUGUUAGUAUCUGGUAUACAAACUGUUAGUAUCUGGUACACAAACUGUUAGUAUCUGGUACACAAACUGUUAGUAUCUGGUACACAAACUGUUAGUAUCUGGUACACAAACUGUUAGUAUCUGGUACACUAACUGUUAGUAUCUGGUACACAAACUGUUAGUAUCUGGUACACAAACUGUUAGUAUCUGGUACACAAACUGUUA